AUGUCUUACGAUUCUACGCACCCACCAUCUCGCCCAGCAAAGAACAAUAGCUCUUCUCCGGCCGCCGCCACACAGAACGGCUCUGUAGGGUUUGCGUCGGCGAGUUCUCCUUCGGCGUCUACAGCUGCUGCAACCGCUACAAUAGCUGCCACUGCUGCCCCAACAGCUUCUUCAGGUGCUCUGGGAGUUACCCCCAGUACAACCCCAACCGCAGCUCCUCCUCCGCCAACAAUUCAUAAACGAACAUACCAAGCGUGCAUUCCGUGCCGGCAGCGCAAGGUCCGCUGCGACCUCGGCUCCGUCGAGGCCCCCCACGACCCGCCCUGCGUCCGCUGCCGCCGUGAGUCAAAAGAAUGCUACUUCUCCGCCACCCGCCGCAAGACACGCACGCCGUCCGUCACGGCCGAUGACGCAGGCUCCGUGAUAGGCAUUGGCCGCGGCCGCGGCAUGAGGGCGGGCGUCGGGGUGGGCGUGGUGCGGAAGCGCGAGGACGAAGAGAGCAGUGAAACCGGGGGCGCGCUAAAGAGACCGAGAUCAAUUGGCCACGGCUCGCCACUCGAAGACCCGGCGGGGGCGUACCCGCCAUCAGAGUAUAACUCCAGGAGCGGGAACCACGGCUCGCCGUACUCGACGCAAGGAUACCAUGAUAAGAUUGAUCCCAGGCUGCAGAUCCAGACCGCUUUGGAGCCCCGGCACGAACGCGAGUCGGCACAGUCAAUCAAUACCGAUGUGACAUUGCUGCAGACGCCCGUCUACAACUCGCAUGAAGCGUUGCUCACGCUCAUCGAGGCCGCCGGGAAGGAUACGCCCUUAUCGACAGGGGCAAAGUCCAACUCGGGCGAUAGCGAUUCGGAAGGGGAAGGUGACGACACAAUCAUUGGCAAGGGAUCCGGCGAAGACCGACAUCACCAGAGUAACGGUGACCACUAUCAACACAACCACCAAUCGCCUGUGGCGAGAGGUGCCGGCGCGGGUGUGCGGUUCUCGGAGAUGGCUUCGCCGUCGGACGCGGCGGGGAGUAGCUUCACGAGCUCGCAUGCCAGACGGAGGGCCGCAAGUACGAGUACUGUGUCGCCGGGGAUGAGAUCGCAUGGGCGGAGCAUGUCAAUCUCGGCGAUUCAGGACCCUAAGGAGAGGGAAGGCAUGGAGAAGAGUAUUAGAGCGUGGAAUAAAUUCAGAUUCGUAAAAGCCGGGUGGUUCACUGCCCGAGAGGCAAUUGGAUACGUAGAAUACUUUUAUCACCAUCUGCACCCCUUGUCGCCAACACUUACUUCGCCGAAUUUACAGCAUAUAACGCAUCCAAUUCAUCACCCAAUGCUGCUGAAGCAUGAGCCGUUUUUAACAACUAUCAUUCUUCUAAUCACCUCUCGCUAUAUGAUCUUGCCUGCUCCAGGUGGCACGUCUCGAUCAUAUGCAAUCCAUGAUAUGCUUUGGCGGGAGGUGCGCGGUGGUUGUGAAGGCCUGAUGUGGGGUGGUGGGUGGGGCGGCCUUGGUACUACCCACGCCGGUGGCGGCAUGGGCGGUUUUGGGGGCAUGGGACCGGGUGGACCAGGUGGUACAAGUGCAACAAAGGGUCUCAGAACUUUGGGCACGGUGGAAGGGCUGCUCAUCCUUACAGAAUGGCAUGUCCGGGGGCUCCAUUUCCCUAUGGAUGUUGAAGAGGGAUACUGGAUGGUCGAUGUUAGCGAUGACGAAGACGACUAUGUGCACCCUGGGCGAGCCAAGAGGGCAAGGCCAAAGGGCGGAGUGGUCGAAGGCCUCGGUGACAGGAUUGAGAAUAUCUUGGAGCCCGCUUAUCGGAGUGAUCGCAUGAGUUGGAUGCUACUCGGGAAUGCCCUUGCCCUGGCGUAUGAACUGGGUGUUUUUGACGAGAUUGACGAACCGGUAUCGCAAACACCCCCACAUGCUGAACUUGAUGCAUCUCGUCUGCGCUUCCAGCGUAUUCAGAAGCUCCUUUUGGUGUAUGUUCUGCAACUUGCGUCCCGCCUUGGAUGGACGUCAAUGAUUCCGCGCCAUAUCACACACCUAGUCCGCCACAAGUUGAACUCUCAGGCACCGUCUCCUGCAUCUGUUUCCGUCAAUUCUGCUCCCAACAGCUCAUGGGACCCUCGUGGUUCCCGGACGAGGUGGGAGAACGAAGACGAGCUCCAGGAUGUCGUGUUCCACACGUGGGUCGAUUUGACUAUGCUGAUGAAAUCGUCUGGUGAGAAGUUGUUCCCCAGCAGAAGUGCAACGAAGAGUAUCAUGCGUAGCGGUAAGUACGUAUCGUUGCUGGAGUACUUCCAGCCGCUGCUGAGGGAUUGGAAGAGGGAAUUUGAGGCGUUGGGACUCCCGGAGCCGAUUCAGCAUAUUCUAACAAUGGAGUAUGAACAUGUCCGCUUCUAUAUCAAUUCUCUUGCUUUGCAGGCGGUUGUGGAUCGAUGCACGUACUACAACAAGGGUUUGAACGGCGCCGCCAAUACAAAUGGAGCAGCGAUGAACGGCAAUGGCAAUGGGUCCAACAAUUUUGCGGCAUUGAUGCAGCUGAGCAGCCAAGAUAUGGAGUUCAUUAAUGAAGUUGUAGACGCAAGCCGGGCCCUGCUCCGUUGCGUAGUAGAAAAGAUGCUGCCCGGCGGGUAUCUUAAACACGCACCCGUCCGUAUCUACCUCCGGAUCCUCAGCGCAAGCAUGUUUCUCCUCAAGACCUUCGCCCUCGGCGCCCCUGAAGAAGAAGUCGCCAUCUCCAUCACACUGAUCGACCAGACGGUUUUGGCACUCCGCAACGCUUCCGUCGACGACGUCCACCUCGGCCUGCGCUUCGCCGAUCUCCUCGAAACGCUCACAAAGCGGAUUAAGCUCCGCUUCGUGCGUAUGUCACGCAGCCGCGCCGGCACGCCCGUGCCACCCUCCUCAACCAUGCCAUUGAAGGCCAGUCAGCUCGACAUGACGAUUCCGCGCACGCCUGAUGCAGAUCCGAGUAUGGGAAUGCCGCCGCCUCCAACGCCAACGGGGAUGGGUUAUGAGCUGGGUGUCAACUAUACGCAUGAGGGAUUCGCGGGUGGGGAGGUCCAGGAUGAUCCGAACUUCUUUUGCGGGUAUGAGGACUGGUUGGCGCUGCCGAUUGAUCCGAUUGUUGGUGCGGGGUUUAAUGGCGUUACGCAGAGCCAGAUGGGGCCUGAUGUGGGUGGGGUGGAUUUGUUGGAAUUAUUGUUGGGUGGUGGUGGGAGUGCGUGA